CAAGAGAAACCUCCCUACUCUCUCUCUACUUACCACAUUAGUAGUUAAAAAUAACACAUCACAAACGGGAGUAGUCCCUGUGUCCAGCCGUAGAGAAGUUAGCGGCGCGGGUCGUGGAUGAAGAGAUGUUUGGAAGGGGCGGGUUGCAGCAAAACUAGAACUGAGGAGGAAAGAGAAACCAAGUCUGAAUCGAAUAACUAAGGUUUGCAAUGCAAGGAGUUGGAUCGACGGGCAUCGGUUACGGUCUCAAAUACCAGGCUAGAUGCAUUGCAGAUGUCAAAGCGGACACGGAUCACACCAGUUUCAUCGCCGGCACUCUGAGUCUCAAGGAAGAGAACGAGGUUUUGCUUUUAUACGUCCAUUUGAUUAGGCUUUCAUCUGGCGGAACUGAACUUGUAUGCGAGGGUUUGUUUUCUCAUCCGAACGAGAUCUGGGACCUCGCAUGUUGCCCCUUUGACCAGCGCAUUUUCUCCACUGUUUUCUCCACCGGUGAAUCCUAUGGAGCAGCAAUAUGGCAGAUUCCUGAGUUGUAUGGCCAGUCAAACUCUCCUCAAUUGGAACAUAUUGGCUCUCUGGAUGCACAUAAUUCGAAGAUCAAAUGCACACUUUGGUGGCCAUCUGGAAGGUUGGACAAGUUGAUCAGUAUAGAUGAGCAGAAUCUCUAUUUAUGGAGCUUAGACUCUUCAAGAAAGACUGCGCAGGUUCAAGCACAGGAGUCAUCUGGAAUGCUUCAUUACUUAUCUGGUGGAGCAUGGGAUCCGCAUGAUCUGAAUUCUGUUGCAUCUACAUGUGAAUCUUCAAUACAGUUUUGGGAUCUUAGGACAAUGAAGAGAGCAAAUUCAAUUGAACACGCCCAUGUUCAUAAUGUAGAUUAUGACCCAAAGAAGAAGUAUAUACUCGUAACUGCAGAGGAUGAAUCUGCAAUACACAUAUGGGAUCUUAGAAUGGCAAAGGUUCCAAUUCUAGAACUCCCUGGACAUUCACACUGGACAUGGUCUGUUAGAUGUAAUCCCGAGUAUGAUGGGCUGAUUCUGAGCGCUGGAACAGACUCGGCUGUCAACUUGUGGUUGGCUUCUCCUCCAAGCAGUGAUGAUAUAACAUCAGAAAGUUUGGCAGAAUCUCCUACAAAGCGAGCAGAUCCGUUGCUCAACUCAUACAGUGACUAUGAAGACAGUGUUUAUGGCAUUGCUUGGAGUUCUCGUGAGCCUUGGAUUUUUGCAUCAUUGUCCUAUGAUGGGAGGGUGGCAGUAGAAACAAUAAAGCCUCAUAUCUCAAGAAAAUGAAGUGAAACCUUUCUUCUGGUAUCAAUUGUUAUUCCAUUUCGUUUCAGGUAUUUGAAAAUAAGACUCUAGGCUUUGUUUUCACUGCAGAAAAGUUUGGGGGAAGGUCGUGUAAUUGGCUUGCGGCUUUAUUAGCUGAGAUGAGAUGGGAUAUUAUUGGUUGGGAACUUUUCUUCAAAGCUAAAUUUUAUUGCCCUUAAAUCUGGAUUUUUGGGGUGGUAUGAAGUGGUGAUGUGAAUGACAGCCUUUCUAUCUCAUUCAAUUACCAGAGACAUGUUACGAAUUUUGAAUCAA